AUGAUUGGUUUCGAUUAUGAUUUAGAAAAAGGCUCAUCGACAGAUGGUGACAUACUUCGACAAGCAUUUAACGAUGUUAUCAAGUGUGCGAAUCGCUUCGCUUUGAUGGCUGCCAUCCCGCUGUGGAUUGCACGAUUGCGUUUGGCACUUGAUUCAAAUUUUCAACGUGCUUUGCAAGUUCUCCGACAUUAUGUCAUGCAAAUUAUUCAAGAAGAGCAAAAACGACAAUGUGAAGAACAACAAUCGAUGAUUAAACCGAAAACUCUGAUUGCAUCGAUGGUGGCUGCGGCCGAAAAAGAUCGAUUAGAAACGGGUUCAUCAAAAGCAUCGCUAAGUAAUAAUGAACUCUUCGAUGAAGUAUGUUUGUCGAUGGUUGCCGGUUUCGAAACAACAUCUACUGCACUAUCGUGGUUCUUUUUUUUAAUGUCAAAGCAUCCAGAUGUACAAGCGAAGAUCAAAGAAGAACUCCAUCGGCACGGUUUAACUUCGGAUGCUAUACUUACACCCGAAGAUUUAGACGAGUUGGUCUACGUGGAAUGUGUCAUGAAAGAAAUACUACGAUAUGCUCCGAUUGCGGCCGCAAUCGUUCGUCAAGCAACACGUGAUGAUUUAAUCAAUGAUAUCAUCGUUAAAAAGGGUGACAUUUUUUUAAUUGCGACACAGAAUAUGCACCGAGACCCACGCUAUUGGAAGAUCGAUCCGAUGAAAUUCUUUCCUGAGCGAUUCCUUGACGAAGACAAAUAUCCAACUCCAUACGCCUACAUGCCAUUUGGUGGCGGUCAUCGGAUAUGUAUUGGUCAAGAUUUGGCUUUGUUUGAGUUCAAAAUUGCCAUUGCACGAUUUAUGCAACGUAUUACAAUUGAGGAUGCUGGCAAUGAGGCAAACAAUUCUGGUGGAUUUCAACAACGCAUCACUUGCUUUCCAAAACAUGUGGCUGUAAGAGUUUACAUAGAUCUAAACGCAAAGUUGCCGGCGUAA